AGCGCUCACUGCAGUAGAGUCCCGCUAAAGCGCAAUGCCUCGUUUUACUGUCCACAUCCGAGAUGAGUGGCUGGCAGUGCCGUGCCGGGAUACCACCAACCCCAUCAGGUGGCUCGGACACGAGGCGCUAAAACGUUACAUCAAGAACAAACCAGACAACGGCGGCAUCACAGCGGUGAAGGACACGCGCUUCGUUGUGCGCAGGUGCCAGGGCUUGGGUUUGUUGGAUGCGGAUGACACCAUCGAGGAUGUGCUGGAGGACAAUGACUUUGUCGAGCUCGCUAUUGAAGGAGAUACCAUGUCUCCUGACUUCAUCCCGUGUCAGCCUGGAGUUUCUCAUCUAACAGCAGCAUACAAAGAACCUGGAGACUAUCUUUCCUUGGAUGGCAGCAGCCUGACAUCGACAGAUUUGGUCAACUUAGGCAGAGGACUCUACAAGAUAAAGCUGACUCCGGAGGCAGAAAAAAAAGUUGUGCAAUCCAGAGACCUUUUGGACACCAUUGUCAAAGAAAACAAAGUUGUCUAUGGAAUCACAACAGGUUUUGGCAAAUUUGCCCGAACUGUCAUUCCUGUCAGCAAGCUCAAGGAGCUGCAGGAGAACUUGGUGCGGUCACACUCAGCAGGUGUGGGGAACCCGUUAAGCCCAGAGAGGACCCGCAUGCUGCUCGCUCUGAGGAUCAAUGUUCUGGCCAAAGGGCACAGUGGGAUUUCUCUGGAAACCCUUCAUGCCAUGAUUCAGGCCUUCAACGCUUCCUGCCUCUCCUUCGUCCCAGAAAAGGGAACAGUGGGUGCUAGUGGAGACCUGGCACCCCUCUCUCACCUGGCCCUAGGGCUGAUGGGAGAGGGUAAAAUGUGGUCUCCUAAGAGCGGCUGGGCAGAUGCCAAAUAUGUCCUGGAGGCCCAUGGACUGAAGCCAAUAUCACUAAAGCCUAAAGAGGGCCUUGCUCUGAUCAACGGGACCCAGAUGAUCACCUCUCUGGGGGCGGAGGCUGUGGAGCGAGCCCAGGCGAUCGCGCAGCAGGCAGACAUCGUCGCUGCUCUCACCCUGGAGGUGCUAAAGGGAACCACCAAGGCUUUUGACAGUGACAUCCAUAUUCUGCGGCCCCACCCAGGACAGAUAGAGGUGGCCCAACGCUUCCGCUCACUGCUGGACUCCGAUCACCAUCCAUCCCAGAUUGCAGAAAGCCACCGUUUCUGUGACAGAGUCCAGGAUGCCUACACCAUGCGAUGCUGUCCUCAGGUUCACGGAGUCACCAAUGACACAAUAAAAUUUGUCCAGAACAUCAUCAAUACGGAAAUCAACAGUGCCACUGACAACCCUAUGGUGUUUGCGGAAAGAGGUGAGACCAUUUCAGGUGGGAAUUUCCACGGGGAAUAUCCAGCUAAGGCUUUGGACUUUUUAGCCAUUGCAGUCCAUGAGCUGGCGUCUAUCAGUGAGAGGAGGAUCGAGAGGUUGUGUAACCCCUCGCUGAGUGAGCUGCCUGCCUUCCUCGUCAAUGAGGGAGGACUCAACUCAGGGUUCAUGAUUGCCCACUGUACCGCAGCUGCCUUGGUUUCAGAAAACAAAGUUCUGUGUCAUCCAUCCUCUGUGGACUCCUUGUCUACUAGUGCUGCCACAGAGGACCAUGUGUCUAUGGGAGGCUGGGCUGCUAGAAAGGCCCUGAGGGUCGUAGAGCAUGUGGAGCAAGUUCUUGCUAUAGAGCUGCUGGUUGCCUGUCAGGGUAUCGAGUUCCUCCGCCCACUUCGUACCACCACUCCACUGGAGAAGGUCUAUGAACUUGUGCGCAGUGUGGUCAAACCCUGGAUUAAAGACAGAUUCAUGUCUCCAGACAUCGAAGCUGUUCACCGUCUCCUACUUGACCAGAAGGUGUGGAAUGUGGCCAAACCUUACAUUGACAAGUAUCAGACAGAGUACAUCCCAGAGUCCCGUCCCGUCUCUCCUACUGCCUUCUCCCUGGAGCCUCCAGCAUCGCCGAGGAAGCGUGUCCGUCAUGAGUGAAUGCAUGUUCAAAAAUGUUUUUUUUUUUUUUUCCUUUUGCAACAACUAAAAGUAUUUGAGGCUUUUGUGAGUUUGAAUGAAAACCAAACAAAAUCUUUGAUUGGACAUUGAUUUUAAGAUGCAAUGUUGUUUCUUCUCGUAGACUAAGUUCAUACUUUGAUUUCUGACAUUAAAAUUUUUAAUCCUUGAUAUGUUGAUAACUUAAGAAAUGGGCGUACUAUAUCUACACACAUGCACACUCAGUGGCCAUUUUAUAUGUGACUUCCAUAAAAUCUAAUGCAAUCCCAUACAACAGCCCAGCAAUACAUUUUUCCUUUAUGAAGAUAAUAAUGUUCAGUUUUGACAAACAUAUGGGAAUAAUAGAAACAUAUUUUAAUAUAAUGUAGUCCAGUACAACACCACCGCUAACCACGACCUCUAAUAGACUUAUGGAAUUAACACUUGUCUGAAACUAUAUAUAAACUUUAUAUAAAUAUAACAUCAUAAGUUUUGUAAAGGUCAAAUAUGUGGCAGAGCUGUUGUACUGAAUUGCAUUAGAUUGUAUAGGUGUACCUAAUAAAGUGGCCAGGGAGUGUAUAUUUCUUUAGUAAUUAUUGGGUGUUGAACUUGCACAUACACUGCCCCACAUCACUGUGCAUUAGAGUUGUAUUUAUCUAAACGUUUGUUGUCCCUUUAAAAUGUCUAAUUUAGUUGUUAUUGCCACAUGACUACCUCAGCCACUGCACCAUUUUCAUAUGAAAUUAAUGAUGUAGCACGAACAUUACUACGAUUACAUUUAUGUUGUUGUUCUGGUGUAAUUAUAUGAAAUCUUACAUCUCUCUCAUCUCUACAUUUCAAACUUAGACAACAAUAAAAUUUUUAACAGCUGCA